CGGGUGGCUCCUACUACAUGAUCUCACGUUCCUUGGGACCUGAGUUUGGUGGAGCUGUGGGGCUCUGCUUCUACCUGGGCACCACCUUUGCCGGCGCCAUGUACAUACUGGGCACCAUCGAAAUCCUGCUGGCCUACAUCUUCCCAGCCAUGGCCAUCUUCAAGGCAGAGGAUGCUAGUGAGGAAGCAGCUGCGAUGCUCAACAACAUGCGUGUGUAUGGCACCUGCGUGCUGACCUGCAUGGCCACCGUCGUGUUUGUGGGUGUCAAGUAUGUCAACAAGUUUGCCUUGGUCUUCCUGGGCUGUGUCAUCCUCUCCAUCCUUGCCAUCUAUGCUGGUGUCAUCAAGUCAGCCUUUGACCCGCCAAGCUUCCCGAUCUGCCUCCUGGGUAACAGGACCCUCUCACGCCACGGCUUUGACAUCUGCACCAAGAUGGUGGUGGAGGGGAACGAGACAGUGGGCUCCAAGCUCUGGGAGCUCUUCUGCACCUCCCGUUUCCUCAAUGCCACCUGUGAUGAGUAUUUUGCCAUGAACAAUGUCACAGAGAUUGAGGGUAUUCCCGGUGCUGCCAGUGGCCUCAUCCAAGAGAACCUCUGGAGCUCAUACCUGUCCAAGGGUGUGAUCGUGGAGAAGAGGGGGCUGCCCUCAGUGAGUGCCCCCGAAACCCCAGUGGACAUGGACCAGCCCUACGUCUUCAGCGACAUGACGUCCUACUUCACCCUGCUCGUCG